CCCUCGCCCCCUUACCACCGCGGGGGGGCCGCCCUGUUCGCGGCAUUCGCACUAGCUAGUUGCGCUCCGCGACGCCGCCGUCGCUAUCGACCCGAGCCGACGACGGCCAGCACGACGUCGGGGCGCGUGGACGCGGCGCUGCUGGGCACCUGGACACCACGAUGCCGUCGGCGGCGACCUCGGUGGCGUCCCACGGCCACUGGAGGGACGCCAUCCUGGAGCCCUCCGAGGCGGGGUCGGCGACGACGCGCAUGGCCUCCGCGACGCUCGGCAGGCACGGCGGCGGCGGCGGCGCGCGGCCGACGGUCAAGACCUGGGUCCUCAUCCUGACGCACUGCAUCGACUUCAUCGUGCUCGUGUUCCUCGGGGUGGCGGCCGCGCUGUUCAGGUUCGGCGACGUGUACCUGAUCCGGCCGCAGCUGCAGGGUGUCGGCGGGCUGUGCCAGGACGACGCGUACAAGCAGCCCCAUCGGGAGCCCGCCAUCUACGUGCCGCCGUACGCCGUCGACGUCCUCACCAUCGUCGGCCCCAUCGUGCUGGUCGGCGUCCUGGAGGCGACGGUGGCGGUCGCGCUACACCGGCAAGUCCGGCGGACGGGCGCGUCGACCGGCGCGUUCUUCUCCAAGAGAUUCGCUAAAUCCGUACUGGUGUUCCUGAUCGGGCUGUGCGUCACCUCGCUGCUCACGGACCUGCUGAGGGUGCUGGUCUCGCGCCCGAGGCCCUACUUCCUGGCCGACAACACUUACGGCUACGGCUUCCUGCGCUACUGCACGCCCGGCGUCAUCGAGGACUCGUCCAUGGGCUGGGAGGAGCGCGACGCCCGCCUGUCCUUCCCCAGCUACCGCUGCAGCGUGCUGGCGUACGCGGGCGCCGUGGUGGCCCUCCGCGCCGAGAGGUCGCUGCGCCUGCUGCGCGUCGGCGGCGUGUACGUGCUGCGCGCGCUGGCCCUGGUGCUGGCCGUGCAGCCCGCCCUGCUGCUCGCCUCGCAGGCCCUGGACUCCAGGUCCAACCACUGGCAGGACAUUGUCGUCGGCCUGCUGCUCGGCGCCGUCCUGGGCGCGUACACGGAGCUGGCGCUCGGCUGCGACCUAGGGGCGCAGCUCGAGAGCGUGGCCGCCGUGCCGCUGACCUCGCCGGGCAUCCCCGUGCACACCCUGCCCAGGCCGCGCGCCGAGCCCCCCGGGUCGCCGCCGCCCCUGACGACCGCGCACCUGGCCGCCGUCCUGGAGGAGUCCAACGGCACCCACCACCAUCGCCACAAUGCCAGCCACAAGCCAGACGACGUGUUCUACUGAGUCAAUGUACUUCAUUUGUUUGUUUGUUCUACAAUCCGAGAACAAAAGUCAUCUACGACAUCACUGUUACUACUCUAGGUAUUUGUAAAGACACGGUCCAUGUUUGUACAUUAAUUUAUUUUGUAUUUUGUAGACUAACAAGAAACAAUUAAAUCUAGAAGUAUAUA